CAGCAUCCCGGCGCAUCACACAACCGCUCGACCUCCACAGCGUUCGAUCGUCCGCUGCCGCCUUCCGCUCACGACCGUGGUAUACCAUACGACAGCACGCGACUCGUCUACAGCAUACCCGUGGAAGUGACGACGGCAGACGAUUAUCAUAGUAUCGGCGUGUACGUCGUAUGCGACGUGAUUUAUAGGUGUUGCGGUCAACAGUUGUAUAAGCUCCAAGUCUGCCGUUUUACUAUACAUACAUACGCUUACAUUAUCGUAUUGCACAGCGUCAUAUCACCUCGAACCGUCGUCAUGAACGGCCGCCGCGAUUCCGCUGUGCUGAUGACAGCGGCUCUGGCUCUUUUGACGUUGACCGGAACUCGGGGCCAACCGACGUCCGACACCUCCUCGUCACGGGAAACAGCAGCUUCCGAUCAGUCGUCCACAGCCGACGACAUUAACUCCGUCGACCCAGCGUUUUCCAGGCCCUUCAACGGAUCGGCUGAGAGCUUGAAAAAAGUCAUGUGGAAGAGGUGCGUGUCCAAGAACUACGUGACGUGCGCUAAGCUGGCGCUGGUGCAUCUGGUAGACCGUCUGGAGCGGACCAACGACAGCUACUCGCUGGUGUCCGGCGUCACGGUGUCCAGCCAAAAGUUGGUCGGUCGGGCAGAGGACGGCGACGGAUCCGUACCCGAGCAAACGACCGCUGGCCGCGACUCGUCGGAGGCUUUUGACAGGUUGCUUGUCGACAAGUUGGGCCAUUACUUUGGCACACUUACACUCAACGUCAAGCUGUUGGACGACGCGACGGUACGGUCAGUUCGGAAGUUGGGAGAGGCUGCGGCCGACGCGUCCAUUCAAUCGGGCAGGGGCAAGAAGCAAAAGUACGCGCAGUCCAUCCUGUUGGCCGGAUGGGUGACCGGGGCCAUGCUGCUGGCGCUCGGCAUGAAGGCGAUCGCCGUGCUCGCGGGCAAGGCGCUGAUGACGGCGCUCAUGUCGCUGCUUCUGUCUGGGCUAGCGUCGUUCCGCGGCGGCGGUCACUCCGAGCCCAAGAGCACCACGUACGAAAUCGUCACCAAGCCAGUGUACUCUCACUCGCACUCGACCGCGGACGACACGCACUCCGCCGGCUCACAGAACAACCCCACGUACAGGCGGUCCAUCGGCGGCGGAGCAGGGGGUGGCGGCGGCGUCAUGGGGUUGCAACCGGUGCCGGCCCCGUCGUCUGCCGAGGAUGCCGACCACGUUGUGUACCGCAUCCACACUUCUGACAAGACGCCUAUUUAUAUACCCAUCAUCGAUCGCCGCUGACCCCCACCCAUCGCCCACCCAGCUGUCGUGUGUUUGGCGUAAUGUCGUAUUGUGUGUAUUUAUUAUUAUUAUUAUUAUUAUUAUUAUUACAUUAUUACUAUUUUAUCGUCGACAUACGUCCACGGCAAAGCUAAUUUAUUCAUAUUAUUGUAUACCUAUGCAUUAUUAUUUAUUUACCCUUUGUUUAAUUUUAUUUAUACAUUAUUAUAUCAUGUUUUAUGCUGUUUUGCGUCCAUUUAUGUUUAUAUAUAUAUAUACUCUAUAACUACCUAUUUAGGACCUAUUGUAUACCGAAUGGUAUUUUUUUUUUAAUUGUCUACAUUUUGUACGACUGAUAGUCAUGUAUACUCGUGAAUCUUGACUCAGAAGUCUGUGGUGUGGUUCUCGCCAUCCUUAUAACUUCGAUCAAAUUAUUAAACGUGUUUAUUUAUAUCGAUCGUCGACCGAUAUCCAGCUUAUGAUCUCUGUAAGUUCAAAUAAUUUUUUUUUAUAAUGUGAUUUACCUAUUUGAUGUUUAAAAAAAUGGUUUCAAAUUUGGAGUGCCGAUUACGCUGUUCCAUAAUAAAAUCAACAGGCUAUUAACUACAA